AUGUCAGACAGCGAUGCUGAGCCGGUACCGGCCAUCGCGCCCGAUGCCGAGAUCGAACACGCCCUGCGCAGCGCGGUGCGCGAUCUCUGGCUUUCUGGCGACCAUCAAAACCUGACUCUCAGACGCGUGCGCAAGUCCGUCGAAGACCGCUUAAGCCUACCCGACUGCUUCCUCAAGAACGAUCCGGCUUGGAAAGGCCGCAGCGAGAAUAUCAUCACCGAUCAAGUCAGCGUGCAGGAACGCGAAGAGCCUGCGGAGCCUGAGGCGCCACGUGCGAAAGCCCCCAAGCCCGCCGCCGCCGCCGCCCCUCAGAAACGCAAGCCUUCGACCAAGAAGGCCAAUUCCACUAGCAAGCCCAAGGCGCGGAAGCGUCAAAAGACGGCCAAUUCGUCCGACGAGGAGGAAGCUCUUCACAGCGACGCGACAAAGUCCCCGGAGCCCGCGCCCAAGAGGCUCUCCAAGAAGCCUCGCAUCGUUGAAGAUGAUUCGGACGACCAAGGUGACACCUCUCCGGCGCCGCGCCCGUCUUCCAGCCAUGAAGGAAGCUCGCAGCCCACGUCAGCCCACGUUGGCAACGGCAAGUCGAUAAGCUCGACCAAGGAGGCCAAAGCUUCCGACUCUGACAGUGACAUGUCUGUUUUGAUAGAUGAGCCGCCCAAAAAGAAGCAGCAAAAAAGAGGGACUUCUGCCAAAGGCUCCAAGCCUACCACCAGCAAGAGUAAAACCAAGGAUGCCAAAGAAAUUGACCCGCAUGAAGCCGAAAUCAAGCGGCUAAAGGACUGGCUACUCAAGUGUGGCGUCCGCAAGGUUUGGGGGAAAGAACUGAAGCCUUUCGAGACGCCCAAGGCCAAGAUCAACCACUUGAAGGAGAUGCUGAAAGAUGUCGGCAUGGAGGGGCGCUACUCAGUCGAAAAGGCCCGCCAGAUCAAAGAGCGUAGAGAGUUGGCUGCCGAUCUCGAGGCCGUCCAGGAAGGUGCGAAGCGCUGGGGCCACUCGGAGUCAGAUGAAGACAACGGCGACCGACCCAGAAGGAGACUCGCCAAGGGGCUCAAAGACUUGGAGGGUCUCAUCGAGAGCAAUGGCGAAGAAUCCGACUGA